CAAGAAUUUAAAAGCAGCAUCUUACCAAACAUCACGCUCUUCAAUAUAAUACCACAUUCUUCUAAACCCCUGUUCACCAUUUCAAUACAUAAUGCUUGACGAUAGAAAGCGAAUCUAAUUCUGAAGUCAUCCAUUCUCCCGGUGCUAUUGACAUCGGCAAGUCUUUAUCGAGGCCAUCUUUCGGUAGUCAGCAGACAUCAAGUACAUCACAUCUCGACAGGCAUAAAUAAAUUUACAUCAUGUCAUUCUCCAAUCUCGUCUCUGAUCUCGCUUUUAGGGAUGCUCAGGAUGACCGGAGCUCCCAGAUUUCCCAUGCACGGUCCCAGGCUACUGCUCGAUCGUACACUAGUACAGCUGCGACAAGCGUUAGCAUAUCUGGUGACAUUUCUAGUCAGCUUCAUUCUGGCUACAGCCAUCCAUUGAGCAGGUCAUGGCAAGCAGAGAAGCAGUUGACCAAGGAGAUGCUCAUCUACCCUCUUUUUAUUACCGACAAUCCCGAUGAGGAGACACCCAUACCAUCCCUGCCAAAUCAAUACCGUCGAGGACUGAAUCGACUGGUUCCAUUUUUAAGGCCACUGGUGCAAAAAGGUCUGCGUUCCGUGAUUCUAUUUGGCGUUCCCUUGCACCCAUCUGCAAAGGAUGCAUUGGGAACCGCUGCAGACGACCCGACUGGGCCAGUAGUUCAGGCUAUUCGCCUUCUUCGUUCGCGCUUUCCCCAGCUCUAUAUUGUGACAGAUGUCUGUCUCUGUGAAUAUACUUCGCAUGGUCACUGCGGCAUACUGCGUGAAGACGGAACAUUGGAUAACGCACUUUCCGUUGACCGGAUUUCUGAUGUAGCUUUGGCCUAUGCUGCUGCCGGCGCUCACUGUGUGGCUCCAUCGGACAUGAAUGAUGGAAGAGUCCGCGCCAUCAAGCUGAAGUUGAUCGAAGCUGGUUUGGCCCACCGUGUUCUUUUGAUGUCCUACAGUGCCAAGUUUAGCGGUUGCCUUUACGGUCCUUUCAGAGAUGCCGCAGGGUCCUGCCCUUCUUUUGGAGACAGGAGGUGUUACCAAUUGCCUCCGGGUGGUCGGGGGCUUGCUCGGCGAGCCAUACAGAGAGACAUUGGUGAGGGUGCAGACAUCAUAAUGGUGAAGCCUGCAAGUAGCUACCUGGACAUCAUCAGAGACGCCAAGGAGCUUGCAAAAGAUAUGCCAGUUGCUGCUUACCAGGUCAGUGGUGAGUUUGCUAUGAUACAUGCAGGGGCAAAGGCAGGUGUUUUUGAUUUGAAGUCGAUGGCCUUUGAGAGCACCGAGGGGAUAUUACGCGCCGGUGCUGGCAUUAUAGUGAGCUAUUUUGUGCCUGACUUUCUGGACUGGCUCUCUUAGGCAUUCUCCCAAUACAUGAACGAACCCAGCACCUGCCCUGCUUACUGUGAUGUUCCAGUCUCAAAGAGGCAGCCUAUCUGAGUUUGUCAAUAGGGAGAAAUAUUGAAUCGUCACUCGACUAAGAAACUGUCAUUGAAAUUAGUGUACCGGGAUGGAUUUAUCGUCGCUCUUGUGACGUAUGAUGUUUAAUGCCCCAAGACAGACUGAACUCAAGCCCUCCAUAUGCUAUAAUGCUGAGCCUGGCAUGUGCUGAGAAAAUAAGAGUGACCCGUUCUUGUAAAACAGAGUGAUUGGCAAUUCACUUGUAUGUGAAUGGCUACUGAAUUACUUCUAUUGGGGCCCUUAAGAAGUACAGAGGACGGCAUAAUAGAGCACUAAAAUUUUCGAGAGUAUAAUGCCGCACGCCUUGUGCUCUGAACCAGCCAGACACCUAAACUUGAGUGUGCUAUGGAUG